CGGAGAAGUGAUUUGUUUCUGAACUUUCUGUUGGGUCAGAGGAUCCGAGGGGGCUCCCGCUGGGGAAUAGCAGGUGUUUAUACAGAUUUCCUUUUACAUGGUUGUCGUAAUCUAGGGAAACGUAUUCAACACCAUGUCUGCCAGGCCAUUUGAAAGUCCCCCUCCGUAUCACCCGGAUGAAUACAAACCCUCAAGCUAUGCCCCAAGUAGAGACAUGUACGGCAGACCCUCAAAUUAUGCCCCAAGCAAAGAUGUGUAUGGGGCAGAGAUGCACUCGCAGCCAGCCUACUCGUACUACCCAGAAGAUGAAAUACAGCAUUAUUACAAGUGGAGCUCCCCUCCUGGUAUAAUAAAGAUCAUGUCUCUUCUUAUCGUGGUCAUGUGUGUUGGUAUAUUUGCGUGCGUAGCUUCGACUCUGCCCUGGGAUCUCGACAUCACUGGACAGUCUAUGGGUUAUGGCAUCGGGAGCGGGAGUUACAGUGGCGCAUACACCGGAUAUGGCUUUGGAGGCUCGCAGAUGGGCUUGGGCUUUGCAUACGGAGGAAAUUAUACUGACCCAAGAGCAGCAAAGGGCUUUAUCCUCGCUAUGGCUGCUUUUUGCUUUAUCAUUGGUAUGGUGAUAUUUGUAAUGACUGUAACGAGGACUCAGAGUUCCACCACCAGAAAAUUCUACCUCAUUGUAAUAAUCGGCAGCGCAAUAUUUGGAGCCCUAGUCUUCAUUGCCACCAUUGUUUAUACCAUAGGAGUAAAUCCUGUAGCUCAGGCUUCUGGAUCAGCAUUCUACACCCAGAUUGUUUCAAUAUGCAACCAGUUCUAUUCCCCAGUACAAACCGGAAUAUUUGUGAAUCAAUAUCUUUAUCACUACUGUGUGGUAGAGCCUCAAGAGGCAAUUGCAAUAGUCCUGGGGUUCUUGAUUGUUGUGGCUUUUGCCAUAAUUAUCUUCUUUUCUGUAAAAAUACGAAGAAGGAUCAACCAGUAUGGCAAAGCAAACAUCCUGUGGAAGAAAAAUGUCAUGUAUGAAGAUGGAGAUCCUCAAGUUGAACAAUGGGUAAAGAAUGUAGCUGAAAAUUCCGCACCUCCCUUUUCUGAUUACAAUGAAAAAGUGAAUGGCUCUGUAGCGGACUACAGAAGUGUAAAUGGGGUUCAAGCCUACCCACCACAGAAUAUCUCACAUCCGAUACCAGAGGAAGAGUUGCCUUUGAAAGAAGACUAUGGCAUGUCCCCACAUGCCUAUAGCAGUAGCUCCGAUACCACAACCAAGAAAGCACCUCCUAAGAAACGGCCAGCAAAACCCAGGCGGUCUGACAUUGAUACCCAUGAAGCAGGCUAUAAUACAGGAGGAGAGUCUGCAGACGAGUUGGAAGAUGAUAGCUGGGACAGUGAGUACCCACCCAUCACUUCAGACCAGCAACGACAGCAGUACAAGCAGGAGUUUGCCAGUGAUCUGCAGGAAUACAAAGGGCUGCAAGCAGAACUUGAUGAGAUUUCAAAAUCCCUGUCCCAGAUGGAUAAAGAACUGGACAACCAUCCGGAAAAUAGUGAAGCGUAUAAGAGCAUUGCAGAUGAAUACAAUCAGCUUAAGGAAGUCAAAACGUCUCCAGAUUACAGAAACAAGAAGAAACGAUGCAAAGAGCUGAAGGCAAAGCUAAACCACAUCAAGCAAAUGGUCAGCAACUAUGACAACAAAUAAGGGACUGUGACUGCUUCUCACCUGUUCAGACUGUUAUCAGCUGGAGGGUUUACCCACUGCAUUGCGAAGGAUUCAUGGACCUUUCUGCUGUCGGAUUUUUUUGUAUUAUUUUUGAUGGGGUACCACCAGAUAAUCUGAACUGUUAAGUAGAUUUAAACAUGAAAUUGUUGAAUCUUUGAAUGAUGAUCAGCUUUUUUUGUUUGUUUUUUACAUGUAGAUUUACGCAUUUUCAUGUGAAAUGUGUUAGUGUAAUGAAGAUUUUUCCUAUUCCGUUAUUCCGUGACAGAGAAGAAGGUUGCCUGGCUCUGUGCAGCAAAUGUUCAGUGGCAGUUUUUAUUAUAGGCUAGGAGGCCUGUUUCUUUAAGCAGAACAUGUUUGAAUUUCUGUUCUAAUCUUUUAGCCUACUUAAAAGUAUGUGAGUUGCUUUGUAAAUCUGACCCAUCUACAUAUAGUUCUAAAUAGGUUGCAUAUAGCUUGUCCACUUCCUUGCUGUAAAAUAAACGUGUCCCCUAACCUGCUGAAUUUUUUUUCUUGAAGGACUCUGAAAGCUAUAUUUAAGUAGUUGGAAAAAAUCAGGCUGACUUCUCUUGAGGAAAGCCAUGCAUGAUCAUAUCCUUUCUUGUCAUUUAUGAGGCAUAGGCCUCAGGAUAGGAAGAAUUUUAAGAUGUAUUUUAAAUGUGGCGUUUUUCAGUGUAGGUAACCUCACAGCUAAUCAAAAUGUGUUAAAACUGGGCAAUGUCCAAAACCUUGGGCUAGGCUUAUUGUGGUUUCACUAUUUGCAGAACAAAAUGAUGCUUAGAAUGCCUAAAAUGAGCCAAUUCAUGUGACUGCAAAACAAAUGUAUUAUAUGAGAACUGUGAUUAUAACCAGCCUCUGCCAAUUUAUCACCCUUUUAGCGUGAACCGCUUUGGAGAUUACUGUGUGCAAAUGUGCUAAGAGCAGACUUUUGCCGUUUUUUUACUUAUGUAUCAGUAAGGUGGUAGCCAUGCAGUGCCUUUUCUUUUAAUACUCAGUUUUUUGACAAGUGCAAUUACCAGUGUGAUAGAAGCUAACAUUAAUUCAGAUAACAUAACUAACUGCAUUGUAACAUGUAAGUGGCAAUAAGGCAGUGUGCAAAACAGUUUUUAUAAACAUGAUAUUUUAUAUAUGUCAGUUUGAAUAGUUAGGGUAGGAUUUUGUAUAAUAAGGUGUGCAAUGUCGGCAGUGUAUCUAAAAAAGCUUAAUGAAUGUAGCAUCUAAUUGACAGUUUGUAUAACUCCUUUAUGGACAAGUCAACUGUUAUAAAUAAAUUAUGUAUAUACAGCUAUUACACAAUAAAAAUUUUCAAGCUUU